UAAAUAUGUGUAAACGGUGUGAGCAUAAGGUCAUCCUUGCCUUUAUAAAGCCACAAGUACUUCACAACUGUCAGGCACAGAGAUUCACAUCACCUGUAGAUCUCACUUCGCUCUCUUCACUAGUCGUUUGGGCUCAGACUAUCAAUCAGGAUGAAGUUUGCUAUGAUCUUUCUGGUGCUGACGCUGGUCGUCCUCAUGGCUGAACCUGGGGACUGCUUUUUUAAACGUAUAAAAGUCAUGUGGAGAGGUGCCAAACAAGCAUGGAAAGAUUACAAAUAUAACCGUAACAUGCAGAAGAUGAAUCAAGGGUAUGGACAACAAGGAGGCGACCCCAACCCACCACCAGAACAAAGUGUUGAAGAACCUCCACCUUAUAAGCGCUGAAUUUAUA